ACAACUCUGAAAACGGCGCAAAUGUGUGCAUCAACAUGGGGGAACUACAAAAUUCGAUUUUUGUUCUUUUCUCGCUCACAUUCUCAGCCCUGUGGCUACAAUUGGAAUCGGCAAGUAUAAAAAACAGCAUCAACGUCGCCAAAGACCGAAACACAGGUCCUAUUGCAGAAUGGAUGAAUACGACCAGGGAUGUGCUGAACUAUGCGGAUCCCGAAUUUGCAGCAGACAAGCUUCAAUGUUCUCGGCAAAAAUUUAACAACUUGUUUGAUUGCUGCAAGAAGGACAGAGAGAUUUUCUUCGGUAACGCUUCAAUCGCCAAGUGCAACAAGAGGGGAAUCAGAGGUUACGACAGCUUUUUGGUGAACUACAAUCUCAAUUGGUACCAAUCGAGAGACACAAAUGCCAUUAACCUUAAAUCGUCCUUCAUCAGAAGCACUCUCGGCCCAGCAAUGUGCUUCGUGGAAUGCAUCUUUAGACAGGAAAAACUAAUAUUUAGAAGCAAAACAGUAAAUUACGACAAGCUGAUGACCAAGCUUACCAAAGAAGUGAAAUCAGUUGCUGCGAGGAGAAUGGAGUCGAUAAUUAACGACUGCAGGCUCAAUGUGGAAGAUUUGCCGCUGGUUACGAUAAAGACACCCGCCAACAAAUGUCUCAUUCGCCCCCUCAUGCUUGUGCAGUGUCUACGAAAGCAAUUUCUAUAUGAAUGUCCACGAAACAAAACAGUCAACAGCACUUCUUGCAACCAGGGUAAACUGAAUUUGCGGUACUGCGAAAUCGUUUAAUAUUUCAAGAUGCAUUUAAAACACUUUUCGCCAUACUACGUUUAUUGUAAAUUUAACCUUUUUUAAGAACUGAUAUCGCGGUGUUUAAUAAAUAUUAAGUUCACACUGUUAUUUGCA